CUGUCUUCCGGUCNCGAGGAUGUUUUGGUGUCUGAAGAGGCCUCGACAAUUCUUGCAAAUACUGGUCUAAUCAGUUUGUACCAAAAGGCUGCUGCUCAUGACAGGAAUCAAGGUCCACUGUCUGCCAUACCGGGCAUGGAUGCGAAUACAGUCAAUCAAACUUUGUUGCAAUUUGAUUUAUAUCUCUCUCAACCAGAUAAUUAUGAGUUAGAUCAAGUGGCCAAAAUCAGCAGUAUUCGCACGAGGGAGAGUGUGCAGCAGAGAACAGUGGAUAACGUGGUUGCUGCUUACUCGGUUAUCAUCAGCAAGUUGGAAGAUCCGUUUAAUGCUUAUGCAAAUGUCGCUUUCAAAACUGUUGAGCAGGCAAGUAUUCAAAUCUUGCCCUUCCGAAUUUAUGGAACAAAUUCUGAAACUUGCCUGUUACGUCUUAUCUCCCUGGUCAUUAGACAACGAUUUGGCCUGCGUGACCAGAAAGAGGACUUAAUAGUGUAUCGCUUGCCGCUCAACAGAGUUAAUGCAGUGAAAGAACUGCUCAAGUGA